GCCGGAGAGGAGCUGCUGAGAACGAGUGAUAGCUGAAAUCUUAUGAUAAUAACGAACGAAAUUUCCGUCGUGUUUCAUCCAAACAAAGUGAUUUCCUAGACGAAAUACACGUGCUAUAGGUGUUCGCUGUGCUUACGCAUAAAUCCUUUCUUUUUUGUUUUACUCUGAUGAGAAUCAUGGGUGCUAGUUUGUGGAUAUCUGUCAAGUUUUUUGGAUUGUCACACCCCUUCGUAUUUUCAUCACAACUGCAGCAAUGAGUACCCUACACGAUAUUUGGACUAAAAUGACUGAAUAUAUAGAGAUGCGGACUCUUGAGCGCGAGAACGGUAUCUCGCACCCUAACGAUGAUGAGAUCUUAGAUGCUGCCUCUGGCAAUGGAGGGCUUCUCGGCAGUAUGGGAUUAUUUUUUGGAUGGCGGCAGAAGUUAAUGCUAAAAUCGGAUUCAGAUAAAUCCAAACCAAAACACAAGAAGAAAAACGGUGUCAGUAAGGAAAUGGACAGUGGGCAUGAUUUUGUCCCUAUUCGUUUAAUGACAAACCCAACAUGGUGUGAUAAAUGCGGUGCCUUUAUUUGGGGAUUUUAUGCACAGAGUUUGAAAUGUAAACAUUGCAAUUAUACUUGUCAUUACAAAUGUGUGAAGGAUGUCAGGCUAGGCUGUAAGAAGACACAAGAAUUCAAAGACCAAUAUGAAGAAGAAACAGACAGUGGGGUGGCAGAUUUAGGCCCCACAACAGUAGUUCCAUCAAAGAUUCCCGUAGGCCCUUGUUCUCAAUCGUUGACGAGGUCUCAGUUAAAAGACAGAAUUGAUCAUUACAAUUCAAAUGCAGAUGGAACAGCAAUUACUUUGGAAAGUGAUGGCUGCAGUUUUGUGGGGUCAGUCAGAGUGAGGCUAAAUCUUUCCCGACCAAUCAGUGUUCCCACAGACUCCCACAUGGCACAUUGUCACGGUGCACAAGAGCAGUAUGACCAUUGCGAGGACACAACACGAGCAAGAACAUCCUUCUUUCUUCCAAAAAAUACUGUAAAGGCUUUGCACAUUACUAGUGAAACAACAGCACAAGAAGUAAUAAUGCUUCUUUUAAACAAGUUCAAAGUCAUAGACAACCCACAGAAGUUUGCCCUCUUUGAAAAGAAUGAUGAAAAUGGAAAUUCUUGCAUAAGACGUUUAGGUGACCAAGAAUGUCCAUUAUUUCUUUGCUUGUCUUGGGGUGGUGAUAACGGAAGGAAACGAUUUUUGCUGCAAGAAAAUGAAACAGGACAAAUCCUGGUAAGUUAGAAGGAAACACUAGAA